AUGAACGAUAAACUUCCUAUCGAAACAGGCUUCGAAAAUAGCUCCAGUCUUCCAAAGCAGACACACGUCAAGGUAGCCGAGGUGACAGGGAUACGAGAAAGAACUCGCGGCAAGAAGAAGCAGUUCGUAUUUGUGCUGAAUUUGAUUUGGUCGGACGGCACCAGUGGCACGAUUUGGAGGAGCUACAGUGAAUUCUUUGACUUGCAGUGCAAACUUCUUAAUAAUUUCGCGGAAGAGGCAGGCAGAGGAAAAAGGAAAGUGCGAACAAUACCAUUUCUUCCAGGCAGGGAAAUUCUCAAGAAGAGUGACCAGAGGUUGGCAGAGGAAAGGAGACCCAAAAUAGCUAAAUACCUUAACGACCUGCUGUUACUUCCACCACAUGUAUCUCAAAGCCUAGAAGUGUUUUCCUUUUUUCACUGCUCAAGAGAUGAUCCUGAAUGUUUCAACCAAUUUCCAGUUAAGCUUGACUCUUUUUCUGACUUUGUUAUGCCAGAAGACAAGACAUUGGACAAAAAUGAGAGUAAAAUCAAUGUUGAUGUUGGACAAGUGAACAAAUCAUAUACAUCUUCAUUAAAUAGAGAUAAUCAUUGUGCUAUAUGAGUUUCUUGAGAGAACAAACCAAUCGAACACACAAGGCAUGUUAACAAGAUUUCCAUGGGAGGAGUGGAAUAAAAAAAAAAGACUGGGUUUUGGGCACAAAGGCAAUCCACCUGCAUAUCUCUCCCCUCUUAAAUGCUUGAUAAUAUGCCCUAGUUUAGUGAUUUAGCUAAGGCUUAGCUGAAAAUAGUGAUGGAGACACAAGAACAAGGUGAAACAAGCCAGCAAAGCUGUGAUGAGAUACCUGUGUUGAGUAUUACAAAAGGCUCAAACAAUAAGCCAACACUCAUCAGUCCAUGGCAUUUGAAAAGAGAAAACCAAUAUUUCUUUCUGACGCUUUGUGCACCAGGCAGAAGAUUCACGUAAUAAAAACUCAAAAAAGUCAAAAAUACAAUUUUUUUUACAGAUGACAAGUUUAUUAUCCCUACUAUACAUUUAAUAAAUUGCAUUGUGUUGUGAA